AUGUCUUCUUACCAGAAGGGCGACAAGGACGCCGGCGAGGCUCCCAAGACUCACCGCAUCCGUAUCACCCUGACCUCCCGCAAGGUCCAGGCCCUCGAGAAGGUCUGCACUGAGCUCAUUGAGCGCGCCAAGACCAAGGACCUCCGCGUCAAGGGUCCCGUCCGCCUGCCCACCAAGACCCUCAAGAUCACCACCCGUAAGACUCCUUGCGGUGAGGGUUCCAAGACCUGGGACAUGUUCGAGCUCCGCAUCCACAAGCGCCUCAUCGACCUCCAAGCCCCUACCGAGAUCGUCAAGCAGAUCAUUGUCAACAUCGAGGCCGGUGUCGAGGUUGAGGUUACCAUUGCCGCUUAA